AUGGCGACCCCAGAAGACACUACCAACAUGAACUUCGACGACCUUGACUCAGCGAUAGACGAAUUGAUUACGGCGUCCAAAAACAGCAACAAGCGGACGAAGAGCAAGAAGUUCGCCCCAAAGUCAGUGCCCGAGGCACAACGUGCCGUAGAAGCUGAGCUUGAAGGUCUCAUGUCGCAUCCACUGCUGCCUGCCUGGCCUGGCGGCUAUCCAGGCAUGGAUAGGGUUGCGGUUGGACCUUUACGCCAGCUCCAUGCCAGUCUGGAGAGGAUUCUGUCCGACGACAUCACCUUACCAACGGUCGAAGAUGACGGUCCUGAGUUUCAAAAGCUCGAGUUAUCUCUGAGAGAUUUCGUUGCCUCCGUGGUCCCCAAGCACUCGUUUCUGAAGCAGUCAACAAAUGAGGAAGCAGUGGAUGCUCCCGCCAAAGAGACUGAAGGCUUGCGCCGCAGCAGAAGGCUUGCAGCGCAGCGGCCACUCGACUAUGCCGCCGGCCAGACUGAUGAGACUACACUGUUCGUACUCGAUGAGGAAGACGAGGAAGGUGCCAGAACUAGCGGUCAGCAAAGAGAUGGAGAGAAGAAUAAGGAUGAUGGAGACGAGAAAGAGGCCGGCGAUGGAGACGAGGCAGAGGCCGGCGAUCCUUAG